AUGGCGAAUAAUCUGUCUAAUCUCUCUGUUACCAGUAGCGACAACUCUCUCACCAUUCCGACUGCGAAACGUGUUCCGAAUGAAUUAACUAUGGCGAUUUUCGUUGUCUUUUUCACUUUGAUUGUAUGCAGCAAUAUCUGGGUAAUGAUCGCUGUGGUUCGUCAGUCUAAACUACGUAAAUCGUCGACGUGUAUGUUCAUUAUAUCACUCUCUAUAUCCGACCUUAUGAUGGCGUUUUUCUACAUUCCGAUGCAAGUGGCUUACGUGGGAUUCGGUUUGGCUGGAAUGAGUAGCGUCGUGUUGUGUAAGGGAACAGCUUGGCUACAAUGGGUUGCUCAGUGCGCCACGAUAUUUUCGUUAAUCGGAAUAGGAAUCGACCGAUACCGAGCAAUAGUUCAACCACUUCACCCUAAAUUGACAAGAACAGAUGCCGCAGUGUGUAUUGCUGUAAUAUGGAUUUGUGCCGGCACAUAUUCUAGUCAUCGAAUGUACGUAUUGGACAUAGUUACAUUUACACAUCCCGUAGGUUUCAAUGUGACUGUAUCUACAUCAGUAUGUGCAGUGCCAUCUGAUAAAUAUUACUUAUUAAGUUAUCUUGAAGUUAGUGACUUUCUUGUGAUGUACCUAGUUCCACUAAUAAUCCUCUGUGUGAUGUACGCCAUAAUGGUAUCCAGUCUAUGGUUCAGUUCCGCUCCAAAUGAUGAAUCCAAACAGAAAAAAAGAAAAGCAGUGAAAAUGUUGAUUCUGGUCGUAGUGUUAUUUUGCAUCAGCUGGUUCCCAUGGCGAUUCUUCUCGCUAUACUUUCAAAUGACAGACAUCACUACAAUUCCUGUCAACAUUUACAUAUGGAGUGACGUCAUAGCAGCGACUUGUAUAACUUUAUAUCUUAGCAACAGUUGGGUGAAUCCAUUUCUUUACGCUUAUUUCAACCAGAGUUUCAGGGAUGAGUUCUAUCGAUUGUUUUCAUGGAUAUUGAAAAGGAAGUCUAAAGUGACUCCAUCGACUGGACAGACAUUGACCAUCACAACCAACUCUGUUAACAAUACACUAACGUGA